AUGACCGACGGUUGCACAGAUGAUGAAGAUGAAAAGCAGAUCUUGAAUGAUAUUGAAAAUGUUAUGUCGUUGCUGCAAAGACUCGUUGUUCAACUGCGUAACGAUGUUGCGCUGCUACAGCAUAGCAUUGUGGUUUUGGAGGGGUGUAGUACCGCCAUGGAGAAGCAUGGAUUGCCAAGACAAACUGUACCAGGACAAAGUGUCCCAGGACAAAGUGUCCCAGGACAAAGUGUCCCAGGACAAAGUGUCCCAGGACAAAGUGUCCCAGGACAAACUAUACCAGGACAAAGUGUCCCAGGACAAAGUGUACCAGGACAAAGUGUCCCAGGACAAACUAUACCAGGACAAAGUGUCCCAGGACAAACUGUACCAGGACAAAGUGUCCCAGGACAAACUGUACCAGGACAAAGUGUCCCAGGACAAACUGUACCAGGACAAAGUGUCCCAGGACAAACUGUACCAGGACAAAGUGUCCCAGGACAAACUGUACCAGGACAAAGUGUCCCAGGACAAACUGUACCAGGACAAAGUGUCCCAGGACAAACUGUACCAGGACAAAGUGUCCCAGGACAAACUAUACCAGGACAAACUGUACCAGGACAAACUAUACCAGGACAAAGUGUCCCAGGACAAAGUGUCCCAGGACAAAGUGUCCCAGGACAAACUGUACCAGGACAAACUAUACCAGGACAAAGUGUCCCAGGACAAAAUGUCCCAGGACAAACUGUACCAGGACAAAGUGUCCCAGGACAAACUGUACCAGGACAAAGUGUCCCAGGACAAAGUGUCCCAGGACAAAGUGUCCCAGGACAAACUAUACCAGGACAAAGUGUCCCAGGACAAACUGUACCAGGACACGCUGUGAAAUUGUACCAGAUAUUGGUAGCCUAUCCAGUUGUGGCUGUUGUGCUUAGCAAUUUGGGGGGUCUAGUUUUGGCUGUUGUUUUUGGGGCAUAUUCAUUGGAGCUGGUUUUGACUUUUGUGCUCGGCGAUUUGGGCAGCAUAUCUGGCCCCUGUUUUUGGCCCCCGUCCUGGUCUCAAAUCGCCGGUUCUCCCAUCUGA